GAUCAGCUCAGGGAUGCCACCGCAAAGUAACCGAACAGGCCCCCGCAAAAACCGGUCUUAGUGGCUGAUCAUCUUGCUGGUCUGCCGCUUUCCGCUCACCCACCCAUCUCCUCCUUGGAACGGACAUCAACAUAGCAAGAGAAGACCGAGCCAGCAGGCUGCGCGGAAGGCGUUGAGGUGUACCGUGACCUCUCUGGCCACGGCGGCAGGGCGUCGGUCAGCUAGGCAGCCGGGCAGGCAGGCAAGCGGCAAGGCAGACGCGUAGACCGAGUCGGGGUCUCAAUCAAGCCCAUGAUGCCUACCACACAGAGGGCAGGACAGGAGGCGGAACGGUCACAUUGUCUCGAACCUUCGACCAGUGCCGAGGCGGAGACUCGUCAGCAGGCGGAUUUUGGGUCCGGCUGAGAUCUCGCGGUGCGUUGCACGUUGGCAGAAUGCCAUGCGGCGUUCCUGCCAGGGCAGUCAGGUCCUGCAACCCCCUGACCAGAAGCCUAGCAGCCAUCCCUAAAAGGGAUAGUUUAGGCACACCCCAGGUUGUCAGGAAAGCCUCGGUCGCCCACCACACAGUGGCGCUAGCGAUUUUGUUACCUGUCGGCUGGGGGCCCUUCGACAAAUGAGGUCGCAUUGGACGAUUUAGCAUUUGAUCAGGACCGGCGCCCCCCAAGCUCCAGCAGCGAUCUCCUUCAACUCGCAAACCACAUCAACGCCGCCGGCAACGCACGACGCACCCGUCCUCGCCUCGCAGAGUAUCGCAUAUCCCCGCCUGUUUUUGUUCAGCGCCGUUGCAGCCAGCCGCCAUGACCAUGACCGACGAGGAGCUCGACCGCGACUGGGAGCCCAAUGGGCGCCGCCCGCAAUCCACGAUUGCCCAGAUGUUCUCGCAGGAGUUGAUGGACAUCUUCCGCAUCGAAAACAGCAUUGCCGACCUUGACGAACAGGUCGACAGGCGGAAACAGCACAUCAACUCGCAGACCUCCGAGCUCGAAGCCCUCGAGGCUCGCAUCCGCGAGAUGGAGAGGAGACUGAAGAUGCAGACCAGCCUAGACCGUCCCGGCGGCGCCGCCCAAAACAGCAGCACAGCACCAGAGACAGAUGCGCCGCCGCCGCCGCCUGAAAAGGACCACCCCGACGACCAGAACCACGCGCGGGAGCAGCAGCAACAGCAGCAGCAGCAGCAGCAGCAGCAGCAGCAAAAGUACGCCGGCAGCAGGCCAAGCACCGCCCACAAGACCCAGCCCGCCGUUCCGGGUGCACUCCCGCCGACGCCCGCGGGCAGCGAAGGUGAAUUCGAGCCUCCCAUUCCCUAUUCCUCCUGAGUUGUCUCCAAAUGGUUAGAAAACGCAGGCAUGGGUGCUCCUGGCCGGCUCUCCGCCGCCAGCGGCGCCUUCCGCACCCCUCCUGGACUGCAGCCCGACUCCGACUCUCUCUCAGCCCAAAUUCUACUAGCGCAAGCUUUGCUGACUACGUGAUUGCUAUCGAGC